UCUGUUUCUGUUUCUUAAUGCUGCUGUUGCUGUUUCUUUAGUUUUUCCUUUAGGUUCAUUUGUGGACUUCGCUUUCUGUGUCAAUGUUGUUGAAUAAAUGAGAUUAACUUAUUAAUUUAUCUUGCAUUGGUGAUCUUGAUAUGUUGGAAAAUCACACUGAUCAUUAAUAAUUACACAAGGGUGGCUAGUAACUGUUAUGACCUUUUCUUCGAUGUUUGCUGGAUGCCUUUCGAGCUUUUGUAAUUGGAUUGACAUCUUUUGGACUUGAACACUUUGGCUAAGAGCCUAAGGGAAUCUUUGGAAUUGGCCUCCCUAUGAGAAAAUGAUGUCAAUUAGAGGGUUUGAGAAUGCAGAGUCAUAUCAGUUGUAGUCAGGGAAUUCAGUUAGGUAAUUUACAUGAACACCUGGGCUUACAUAGUGUGGCUGUUCCUAGAUGGAAUUGCUUGUAGGCAGGGAAAUUCCCAUUUACAUAGGAAUGUUGCCAUCAAUCUUUCUAGGACUCUUUAGAAGUGUCGGAACUUUUUUAGUAUUUCAGAUUGGCAAGUAUAGCUUAACUAUGUUUACCUAGUAUUAAUAAGAUCAUAUCAUUUUUCCAAUUGGACCAUAUGGUGGUGUCUGUGCCUGGUUGAGAUGUGACCUUUUAAACGAGAUAUUACAAGUUAUGUGCAACAAGAAAGAAUUGUACUCUGAAGAAGAAGAUGAUUAUGAUGAUGAUUCUCUGAUUGGUGCUAACAAAUGCGAGUAGUAACAGAAUUACAGAAUACAGACUAAGAAUUAAAACCAAAGGCAUAGGUGUGGCAAUUCCACUCAGUGUUGGUGAUGAACAACACAAAGAAGAAUCACUUGCAGGUGACUGAUUUAUGGUAUGAUUGUUCAAUGGUCGUAACUUGAACCUCAUUCAAAAACGAUUGGGCAAGUUACUAUAUGAUGUAGAAUGGAAUAUUGGCACUUCUUAAUAUUUCUGUAAUUCUUUACUGAAGUAAAGUCAAACAUUGAGUUUACGAUUAGUACAAAUUAGUAUACCCAUCAGGGGAUUUGUCUGAGUUUGUCUUGUCAAAUGACAUGAUUCGGAAGUAGUUUGAUUAGAUACUUAGAUAUAUGCUUGUAUACUCCGUUAUUCAUGUAGUAGUUUGAUUGGAUACUUGGAUAUAGCUAUGCAUAAUAUAAUUUUGGGUUGCAUAUAUGCUAAAAUCCACAAUUCUUUUAGUAACCUUAUACAAUGGUACUAUGAGUCUCAUCAUUUACCUUUGUUUUGAAAUUUUAUAUCCUAACGAACGAGUAUAUACCUCUUCAAGAUUCCAUCACCGAUUGAGAUCUCAACAAAAAGAUCAAUAGCAAUUUAAUCAACGACUUGAUUUGUUAAUCAUCAAAUUAGUGAUUUAGCAUAUUUUUAAGUUUAAUGAUAUUUAUGAAAAAAAAAUUCAGUUGAUGCCUUUAGGUUUGAUAUAAUUCCUCUUUGGUGCCAUGACCUUUUAAACUUUGUUUCACUAUAGUGUCUUGUGGUUUGAAAAUAUCACUUUGUUGGUGCUUAGAAAUAUACUCAGUAUAUUAAUGCUCAUUUUAAAACGAAAAAUAAAUAAAUUAUGUUUGUAGUCUUAUUUGAUUACAUUCAAAAUUGGACAAAACCACUAUUUGAAGGAGUGGUUCUGUCUUAAAACCGCUACUUAGGUACUGUUCUCUUCAGCUAAUUUCAGUUCAGUUCAGUUCUUAAUUUUCUUCUCUCAUAAACAAUUCAGUUCAAUAAAUUAGAACAGGCCCUUAAAAGUAGCAGUUUAUCUCAGCUACUUGAAGUAGUGUUUUCCUCAAAACUGCCACUUUAAGUCCAUGAUAAAUGAAAAAUUAACUGGGGGGCGGCCUCCUGAAAUUAUUGUCAGUAAGAGGUAACAGAUGCAAUAUAUUAUGGAGUAGUAUUUGUGAUAGAGAUUUUGCCCCAUCACUUCUGUCUUUUAUCAACUGCAAAUUGACAAAGUAAAAAGUGGGUUUAGCGAAAUAGUUGGAAAGAAAGCUGGGAUGAUAAAUUGAUAAGACACAAUUGAUUGUGGAUAAUACUCUCAAAUUACUCAAAAUUGAGAUAGAAAAGGUCCAUCAGACGAGAAUUAUAAACUGUAUUCUGAAGAAGUAUAUGAAGAUGAUGAUUAUGAUGAUGAUUUUCUGCUUGAUCUUAACAAAUGCGUGGAGUAACAGAAUUACAGAGAAGAAAGCCGAAGACCCGAAACCAAAGCCAUGGCCUGAGCAAUUCCACUCAGUCUUGGUGAUAAACAACACAAAGAAGAAUGAAUUGCAGGUGACAGAUUUAUGGUAUGAUUGGCCAAAUGGUCGUAACUUGAAUCUGAUUCAAAAACAAUUGGGCAAGUUACUGUACGAUGUAGAAUGGAAUAAUGGCACUUCUUACUAUUAUACUACUUCUGAAUGCCGGACAGUUCUUUUCGAAGUGGGAAUUCUGAGACCAAAUUGGCUUGAAGGCGCUACUUAUCUGGGUCAGAAACAUAUGGAUGGAUUUCUUUGCAAUGUUUGGCAGAAAGUGGAUUUUCUUUGGUAUUAUGAGGAUGUUGUUACUCGCAGACCUGUUUACUGGCUUUUCUAUACUGGUAGAGCUGUUCAUGUGAUAACCUUUGAAGAGGGUGCUGUCCUGGAGGAUUUGCAGUGGCAGGCCCCGGUUUACUGUUUUAACAAGAAAGAGGAGGAGGAGGAGCAGCAGCAGCAGCAGCAGCAAAUUGAUGGAUACCCACAUCAGUUUCUUAGAGAUAUAAUGCCACUGGCCUUUACAUGAUUUCUGUUUCUGCUGCUGUUUCUUGUGGUUUUUCUGUUUCUGCUGUUUUGUGUGGACUUUGCUUUCUGUGUUAAUGGUGUUGAAUAAAUUAGAUUAACUAAUCAAUGUAUCUUGCAUUAGUAAUCUUGAUUUAUCAGAAAGUCAUGCAGCAUCACAGCAUGUCUGCUCAAUAACAAUUAGACGAGGGUGGCUAGUAACUGUUAUGAUCUUCUUUCUGAUGUUUGCUGGUUGCCUUUUGAGCUUUUAUAAUUGGAUGUGUGGGAAAGAUCCCUUAGACUAUAACCUGACAUGUACAGUUUGACAUCUUUUGGAAUUGUACACUUUGGCAAAGAGCCUAGGGGAAUCUUGGAAUUGACCUCCCUCUGAGAAAAUGCUGUCAAUUCUAUUGAGAGAGGGUUUGAGAUCGCAGAGUCAUAUCAGUUGUAGCCUUGUAGGCAGGGCAUUCAGUUAGGUAUUUGGCUUGAACCUGCCUGGACUUAAACACUGUAUAACACUAUAAGAGGCAGUGUGGCUGUUUCUAGAUGGAAAUUGCUUGUAGGGCAGGGAAAUUCCCAUUUACAUAGGAAUGUCGCAGUCAAUCUUCCUAGGACUCUUUAGAAGUUUCGGAACUUAUUAGUAUCCAAUAUGGACAAGUAAAGCUUAACUAUGUUUCCCUAGUAUUUGUAAGAUCAUACUAUGGUAUCAUUGUUUCAAUUGGUCCAUAUGGUGUCUAUGCCUGGUUGAGAUGUGGCCAGGAAAAACAAAGACUUAAGCUUGAGAGUAGUAAUUGCUGCAACCCUGCUGGAAAAUGAACCAGAGUGAUGAUUAUCUGUCAGUCUUUGAUCUUGGAUUCGUUGUAGGGGUAGACUCUUUAAAAGUAUCUGAUAAUCUGAUAUGGUCACGUCAAGCUUCUCUAUGCUUCCCCAUUACUUAUACGAUCGCACCCAAGCAUUGAUAUAUACAUGUCUAACAUGAAUACAUCAAUACAAGUGGAGGGUUGGACUGUUGGAGCUACAAUGAUCAAAUAUGUAAGCUGCUACGAUAUGGUCCUGGGUUACUCUAUGUGAAGCUGAGAGUCUGACUAGCAUCUUGUUCAUGGUUGGCCUGCUUUUGAUAGCUGCAAUAGAGCUGGAUGAAUUAUUGUUGCUACACCUGAAGGUAGCUCUUUUGUAAGAUUGAGAUGAGCAGUGAUCUGUAGAAUGAAAAGGCUUGUCAGGACCAUGGAAAAAGAGAGAAAUAGGUGUGCCUGAUACUUGGCAGAAACAAUGGAAGGGAGUAGAAUACAACUUCUUGUUGUCACCGUUUGAAGGGCUUGCCGGGGACCAAAGGGUUGAUUCAGUCGCCGACUCACCGGCAAGCAGAUUUUUGAAGAAUAACGUAGAGCGAGUUGGGUACUUGGGUGUGAGGCUGUGUCUGAUUCCAAUUUUCAAUCAUUUUGCUUACUGAGUUAGUGGUGUCAUAAUUAUACUUUAGUGCCUUGUGGUUUUAAUAUUUUCACUUUGGUGUCAUGAGCGACCUUUUUAACUUUGUAUCACGCAUUAUGGUGCCCUGUCUUAUUUGCUAAAAAAAAAAAAAAAAAAAAAACCUUAUUUUGUACAGCUUUUACCAUAUGGGGAUGUUACUAGUUAGUAGUUACUUGUA